GAGGUUAGUAAUGAGGAUAUUGAUUUCAUUCUACCGGAUUCUGAUAUAGAUCCAGUACCGGAUUCUCCUGUAUCUGUUCAUAAUGAUUUAAUUUGGACUGAACGUCAAAUGAAAGUGAAACAAGCUUUCAAGCAUGCAUGGGACGGUUAUGUUCGUGAUGCUUGGGGUGCUGAUGAAUAUCAUCCAAUUUCUCAUAGCGGUUCUAAUCUAUCCAGAUCUGGAAUAGGUUUUACUAUUGUGGAUUCCCUUGAUACACUUUUAAUAAUGGACCUAAAAGACGAGUAUGAGCAUGCUCGUAAUUGGGUUGCUAAUUCUUUGAACUUCGAUAUAGACGGUGAAGUAAAUGUUUUUGAAACAACAAUUCGAGUUCUUGGCGGUUUACUUAGCGCAUAUCAUUUAUCCGGUAAUGAUACGCUUUAUCUCACCAAAGCGGUCGAUUUGGGUGAUCGUUUGCUUGGUGCCUUUUCUUCACCGUCAGGAAUUCCUUAUGCUUCAGUAAAUUUGGCUACUCGAGAAGGGAUUGUGGCCCAUUUUAAUGGAGGUGCAAGUUCAACUUCUGAAGCAACUACUUUGCAAUUAGAAUUUAAAUAUUUAAGUUAUAUUAGUGACAAUUAUGUGUAUUGGGAUAAAUCUCAAAAUAUUAUGCUUGCCAUAGAUGAUCUUAAAAAAUACGAUGGCCUGGGUGUAAAAACCCACCUCAUAGAUCGUUCACAUCCUUCCGGGCUUUUAUAUAUUGGCGAACUAUCUGGUUUUGGUGAUGAUAAUAUUAGCCCAAAAAUGGAUCACCUUGUAUGCUUUAUGGGUGGAAAUCUGGUUCUUGGUGCAACAAGGGGUCGAAAAGUACAUGAUAUUCAGGAAGAUAUGUCCGAUAAUGAUUUAGAGGAUCUUGAUAUAGGAAAAGAAUUAACAAAGACAUGUGCUGAAAUAUAUUUCAGCACUAAUACUGGACUAGCUCCUGAAAUAGCUUAUUUCUCUACAUCUGAAGAUGCAACCACUGACAUAAUUAUAAAACCGCUCGACAGUCAUAAUUUAUUACGUCCUGAGACUGUUGAAAGCUUAUUCAUACUUUGGAGGUUAACUGGUGAUGUCCAAUAUAGGCAUGUGUUUAUUCCAAAUUAUUAUUGUUUGCCUGAUAAAAGCUCUUAUAGAAUAACUUUCAUUUUAUCAGGGACUUUUGAAAAAUAUGCUAGAGUAGAUGAGGGUGGAUAUACUUCAUUAGAUGAUGUUACUGUUGUACCACCUGAACGACGUGAUAAGAUGGAAACUUUUUGGCUGGUAAUUAAAUUUUCAUUUUUAAGUUAA